AUGCAUUUUACGAGUCUUUUGCUCCUUCUUGGAGUGCCGUCCGUCUUGGCCAAAUGCAGAUGUACCCCAACCGACGACUGCUGGCCCUCAGUUUCCAAGUGGAAGGGUCUCAACGGCACUGUUCACGGGCAUCUAAUCGCCAACGAACCCCUCGCCAAACCCUGUUACGAUGGCCUUGGCAAGAAUUCCACGCAGUGUCAGAAGAUCAGCAAAAUCUACCAGGAUGCUUUCUUCUGGGAAGCAUCUCCAAUUGGAUUCGCAUAUCCUGUUGUUGACACCUGUGCUCCGAUCAAUGGCUCGAUAGCUGGAAGCCCAGUGUGCGAUUUGGGUAGCGCGUCCGUCUACAGUGUCAACGCAACCAAGCCGGCCGACAACACCGGUCAUGAUGUCAGGGCACGAUCCCAGGGAUACGGCAGUCUGUCGAUCUGGAUGAAGCAUAUCAAGCCCGAGCUCCAGUUCCAGGAGAAGUAUCAGCCGUCCAACAGUUCAUGCCAGUCCAAUUGGACCGGAAGUGCAAUUGUUGUGGGAGCAGGAUAUAUCUGGAACGAAGUAUACACCUUUGCGGCCAAAUAUGACCACAUUGCUGUUGGUGGUUCUUCCAAGCUUUUGACUGUCGGUGCUGUCGGAGGCUACCGUCAGGGAGGUGGUCACGGUCCUGCUAGCCACGAUUUUGGACUGGCAGCAGACCAGGUUCUCGAAUUCAAGGUUGUGCUCACAUCAGGCGAGGUUGUUACCGCUAGUGCUUGCGAGCACAUAGACCUCUUCACUGCCCUCCGUGGCGGUGGUGGUGGCACCUUUGGUGUUGUAGUAUCAGCCACUAUCAAAUUCUUUCUAAAUACCCCAUCCUCUCGGAUGCAGGUUUCCUCCGGAAACGGACAGCUAAAUCGAGUGCUUGGAACGAAAUCUGCCUACAGUCACAAUUUCGGGAAGAUGCUUUCAAGGAAUUCCUCUUCUUUCAACUCGUCUUCCGAAAUUGAAGAGGCAAAGAGAGUCAUAAAUAAGCAGGUCGUUGAAUUCCUUCGACCACUCAACGGGACCAAACUCUCUGUGAUCUCGACAUUUGAGAAGUAUGAUACGUUCCAGGAUUACUUCGACGGUGGAAAUCAUGAGUCACCAGCAUCAAACAAUCCCAGUCCUGUCAUGGUGUCGCGAUUUUUUGAUAAGAAGUCCUUGGUCAACAAUCACAAGAGCCUCACGGCCAUGUUCCAAGCAAUCUUCUCUCAGAGUGCCUCUAAGAUUCAGGCCGUCAAGCAGAAGUAUGACCCCGAUGGUGUGUUCUGGUGCUACCGUUGUGUUGGCUAUGAGGGCUGGGAGGAGAUCACAGGCCCGACACUCUACGGACCUCUGUGCCAGACGAAAUAAUUAUGUCUGAUUCUCACAUCCGACAUCAUCUAUGGUUGACUGCUUUCAUUUGACUGUCUUUCUUUGAUGGCUGUCCUCGCCGACACCAUUGCACUGCCUACGUUACGGUCUGCAAGGUGGACAGUAGGCAAUCAGACGGUGAAUCAUGUCCUGCUAGAGUGCCCAUUGCACCAAGACGAGCGUGACUGGAUGCGAAACGUCCUAUCCGACCAGGGGAUCGCUCUCCGUCGAGGGUCGGGUAUUUCCACGCUUCCUUGGAGGCGGAAGCGGGGAAUCCCUGGUCCCGAUGCGGGACAUACGACGGACAGAUCGGAACUGUCUGUCUCCUAGCUAAACUACUCUGUACGGUGUUCAAAAACUAGUUAACUAGUUAGACUAUAUUUUAGUGCAAGGAUUCUGCCGUUCGAAAAAUCUAAUUUUGGGUU